CAAUAAAACUGAAAACUGCAAAAUUGUAAAUCAAAAGCUAGUUUAUUCUAAUAUUUUCGUAGCUGAAUAUAAAAUGUAACAGUUCAAAUACGUGUAAUAUAAACUAAUAACUGUUAUACAUUUUUAAAGUCGUCGAUGAUAAGAUCAAAUUUCCAAACCCUUAAUUUUGAUUGUUAGAAAACUACACCAUGUCUUUGAAAACAUAUAGCCAAACUUUAUUUAUGGUGCUAUCUUUUGCGUUCUUUGCGCAUGCUACAUAUAAAUACUUGACAAAGAAGAAAAAAGAAGAGACCAGAGAAAAAGAAAUUCAUGAGGUUAUUAUGUUUUCAUAUGGAUCAGAGGAAGUUAAGAGGAGCAAAUAUUCUCGUUGUAGGAUAUCAGAAAAUAUGGACAGAUUAUUGCAUUACUUGAAUCAACCUGUAUAUAACCUGGAUAUUUGCAUGUACGUUUGGUCAAAUCAAGAUAUAACUAAUAUUAUAAUGAAGUUACAUUAUCGAGGUGUAAAAAUACGUGUGAUAGUUGACGCUGACAUGGCGUUUGCGCCUGGAUCGAAUAUAAGGAAAUUAGAAAAGAACCGCAUACCAGUACGAUGGAUGAAGUCAACCAAUUUGAUGCACCACAAGUUCUGCCUUGUAGACACAUUGAGUGGAGAUCCUAAUUUGACUCCGUUUGUUAUGGCAGGCUCACUAAACUGGACUAACCAAGCCUUGUGGGGUAACUAUGAAGACUGCCUAGUGACUUCACAAAAACAAUUAGUAGAACAAUUUCAAACGGAGUUUGAAAGACUAUGGAUUCUGUUUAAACCUAUUGUUGACUAAAAGUAGUGAUAAAUUUGUUUUUUUUUCUAAAGCAUUUUUAAUUUGAGAUUAAUAAUACUGAGGCACCAAUUUAAGAACUAAUUAACGGAUCAACUUAGAAAUAUUGUAAAAAGUUCUACUUUAGAAAUAUACCUUUCAUUAUUUCUGGGUUUAUUUGGUUUAUCGUAAAGACCAAAAGUGCUAUUUUCCAUCUUUAAUAAAUUGUACAACAAACAGUUAAACUGUUUUGCCAUUUUUGUUCUUUUUUGUUUUUAGUAUUAAUUAAUGUGGUACUCUAAUGGUAGUCCCACAUUAUAGGCAAUAAGAUCUUUUUGUACCAAUAAGUAAUUUUAAGUUGAAAGUUUUUAUUUUUUUAUUUUAAUAUGGAACUGAAGAGAGAAAUUCAGUCAUGCUACCUGCAUUUAUAUUUUUUAGUGUUGUUUAUUUCAAUGCGGCAUGUAAAACAUUUUUUUUUUAAUUUUCUUUGGUUUAUUUUAACAACCUACAACUAAAUUUUUCUUUUAAUUUUAGUAGUGAUUAAAAAAAUUAUUUUGCAAAUCAAAGUUUUUAAAAACAUAGUUGAAUGCUCUAUUUAAAUUGGUUAUCUACAGUUUUGUAUUAUAAUUAUUUUAAUAAUUGUAUGUACCUGUGUU